AUGGCUAAUUUGAGAAUGAUGAGAUAUUGUGGGCACGCCGAAUUUACAUCGGCACCCACAGCCUCGGCCGCACGACACAAUAAAGCGACGAUGAUGACCAAUUUGGGCAACCAACAUGGCUCGUCCAGCGACGACGUACGGCGGGCCUACUCGGAUAUCAGACGGCUGUGGCUCUUAUCUGUUGUGCCACUAGUCGUUACUGUUGUGACGUUCAUCGCCCUACUCGCAUCAAACUCCGUGGAUACAAGCAGCCAGUACAUCCUAGUGCUAUACGAAGCGACGCGUCUUUUGGUGCCGCUUCAGGUGGCUGCUCUCGUCGCACCAUGGAACAUUGGUCACAUCAUGAAGCUCUGCUCUUACUGGGUUGGCUACCGUGCAAGCAUGUCCCGCUAUUGGAACCAUGGGGUGUCGACGGUUUCAGAUGAGCAAGGCACCAUCACUUCGCAUCUUUUCUUCGCUAGCCCCAUGACUGCGUUGAUGGCACUCUGGCACGCUUGCAAGCCGACUGAGUCCUCCAUAAGAGGUCUAGGGUUAUUACGACACUUUCCAGGUGGACCAAGAAGCGAGCUCGGGGAAUACCUUACCCUGACAACUUCGGUUCUCUCAGUGGUUGCAUUUUCCCACCUCUUAUUUGUUGGGCUUGUUACUCUUUUAGCCGCCCUCGCCUCGAUGGAGACGCAUGACAUCAUCACUCCUGUGAAAGUCCCCAUGCAGCACUUUGGAAGGGUCCUGCCAGAUAGGUGUUUGGAUACGAAAGGCAUGUCAAACGGUGUGUCUUACUCCUGUGGAGUAGAACCUGUUACUGGUGGAUUCGUUCUCACCAACUCGACCGAGAGUAUCCGGACUGUCAACAAUGCGUCCAGCUUGAAUCAAGUUCUUUACGAUAGUCAGAACCAAAUCGCAUUGCUAGCGCCCAAGAAUAUCAACGGAGCACUCGACUACUCAUCCAAGACCCUUGGUGUCAGCACGCAAUGCCGGUCAAAAGGGAAAGAGUGUAGGCUACGACUCAGCAGCAUUAACAACACUGGGGUUGUGCAUUUCUGCCCCCCUGACGAGAGCGCCGGCGAUGACUAUCUUUCCGUCGGUAAAUCGUGGGCUGGGAAUAGUGUCGUCGACGAGACCGAAACCCACCUGUCGAGCGAUUCCGAGGUGGUGAAGAUGGUGGGCGGUGCCAUCUCAAUCCUUCUUGACUGCAGUGUCAACGUCUACAACGUCACAUAUUCCGUCCAAAACGGAACUAUCGUCCCCGAGACACUCAUCGCAACCAUGGCUGACGACGCUCCCUCGUAUGUCGUGGCCGAUCCCCUCGCACUCAACUUUGCCCAGAACCAAAUCUACGAGAGUCUUCGACUGGCCGCCGUCACCUCUCGCAGCGCGUCCGAAGUAGCUUCAAAAGUGUCCGCGUCUGUUAUUGAGAUGGCCGUGGCUUAUCUUGCUGGCAUAUUCGAGCCUCUACAGAAUGAGGAGGAGAGCACUCGCAGAGCCGUACAGGUCGCCCGCCUUCCUAUAGCUCUGGUUUGCAUAACCGUCGCCCUUGGCGUUAUUCUUGCUUUACAAGCGACUUGUUUCUUUCUUGUAGCAAUGGGACUUGUGCGGAAGGAUCCAAACGCGGUGGUCGAACGGGAUAGAUUGACACUUGAGGCGCGCGUCAGGUGCGGUUUGCAGAGAUCGGGUUGA